AUCGUGACACCUCUAUUACUACAUUAUACUACCAGAGAGAAGAGUGUCUGGAGACAAAGACGACAGAAGAUCACCUCUCUCUCAGAUCUCAUGGCUCCAUUAAUACUCCUGUUGAUCCUUCUCUCCGAAGCAGCUUCUGACCUGAUUGAGGUAACUGUGCACCCUGGAGAUGAUGUCAUUCUGCCAUGUCAGGCUGCUGAUUCCUCCAUCAGUGUUGUGGAGUGGACCAGACCUGACCUGGAGCCACCAGAGUAUGUCCUCUUUUACAUCAGUGGAGACUUGCAGACAGACUACCAGCAUCCAUCCUUUAAGGACAGGGUGGACCUGGUGGACAGAGAUCUGAAGGACGGAGACGUGUCUUUAAUUCUGAAGAAUGUGAGCAGCGUCGACAACGGGACAUACGAGUGUCGAGUUGCAUCAGAUGAUUCAAGACGUAGAAAGAGAGCCAUCAUCAACUCUGAGCCAAUCAGAAUCAUCCGUCUGCAGGUUCCAGAGCCAGCAGGUCCAAACAGAGGACACUCCGAGGAUGGAAACUCCACGAAUGAUGUCCCUGGUGAUGGACCCUCCUCUCCUGUAGGCCGAUAUGUUGGACUGGCAGCAGGUGUUCUGGUUCUUGUAGCUGCUGUAGUGGUUGGUGUCCUGAUGUAUAAAAGACGUCAGAACAAAGCAUCUGAUGUUCUUUGAUAUUUGUAAGGGUUAACGCCCGACGGUGAGGUUGCCUCCGCCGAAGACCAUUACUACCUCACAAUGGACCCCUCGAAGGGCAUUAACCCGCUCAUACCAUGGUCAUGUUGGUUUCCUAUUCUACAACAAGACCUCCUUCACUCACGCUGCCAAACUCGCCUUGGUGAAAAUGACAAUUUUACCAAUUCUCGACUUCAGUGAUGUCAUUUACAGAAGUGCCUCAAACUCUCUCCUGAAAACACUGGAUCUUGUCUACGUCAGUGCCAUACGUUGUGUGACCAGAGCCCCUUCUGACACCCACCACUGUAACCUCUAUGCAUUAGUCGGCUGGCCCUCGUUACACAAUCAACUCUUAACUCACUGGUGCCAACUCAUCUACAAGUCCAUGCUAGGCAAAGCCCUGCUGUACCUAAGCUCACUGGUCACUAUAGGUUUAC